UUGUCCCGCUCAUCCAUAAGAAGUAUGCUCUGCUGCUGUGUAAACUCGGAGAGCAACAAGAAGUAUGCUGAGCUGGAUGCGAAGCUUGAACGGAAAAUGGUGGAGAGCCGGAGGUAUUAUCCGGGACACCGGAGUUUAAAGUCAAUGGAUUCAAUCAUCAUGAUGUUUCCAAAGCUGAAAGAGGGAUUAAGAAACAUCAGAAACGUUUUUGAGUCCUAUGAUCAAGAUGGAAACGGGACAAUAGAUAUGGAGGAGCUGAAGAAGUGCCUAGAGGAACUAAAGCUGAUGAGUUUGUCGGAUGAAGAAGUGAAAGGUUUAUAUGGAUGGUGUGAUGUUGAUGGAAGCAAAGGGAUACAGUUCAAUGAGUUUAUUGUUCUUCUUUGUCUCAUUUAUCUUCUAGCUAAACCUUCGUCUGAAUCGAGAGAGGAGGAAUCGAGAGAGUUGGGUCCGAAGUUGGUUGAAUCUAUAUUUGAUCCGAUAGUGGAAGUGUUCUUGUUUUUGGACAAAGAUGGCAAAGGGAAGUUGAACAAGGCUGAUGUUAUAAAGACAUUGAAUAAUGAAGACUAUCCGCUAGAGAGAUCUCCUAAACAUGUCACCUACAUGAGAUUCGGUAUGUAACAAUCUCUUGUCUAUGUGUUUAUUAAGAUGAAAUGGAUUUGAUUGAUUAUUCAUUGGAUUUUGUUUUUGGUUUGUGUGGUGCAGAAGAAAUGGAUUAGGGAAGAAAAGGGAAAGUGGACUUUAGGGAAUUUCUAUUUGCUUGCAUGAGUUGGGUGGGUCUUGAUGAUGCAGAUGGUUAUAUGAGCAGCUAACUAAGAAGCAACACUUAAACUCAAAGAGUUCCAAAAAUGUUUUACCUCUAGAAAUCAUAUUGUAUUAUGUAUUAAUCUAUGAUUAAGAUGAUUUUGUAAGCUUGUUUGACUCAUUAUUUAUAUUUAAUUGAUAUGAGGAUGCUUGCCAAAACUACAGCUGUGUACAUAGGCAUGAAGGUUGGAUUUUCAUUCAUCACUCACAUCUGAUAGAGACUAGUUUGGAGUAAGAUUGUUGCCAAGUAGUCUUGUGCUCACAUCUUACUAAAUUGGGCAUAGGCGUUUGGAUAUUCUGUUUGGAUAAAUUUUUUCUGAUUUUGGGUAUAUAUGAUACAAGAUAUAAGAACCAUUUGAAUAUCUACAAAAUUUUGAUCCAUUUCAGUUUUUUUUGUCUUUGAUUCAGGUUGUAAAAUUGUAAGUUCGCUAAUAUCCAAAAAAAUUAGAGUUGACCUUGGUUCUAGUUUGAUUCAUAUUUUUGUAGUUCAAUAAAAAUACCAACCAUUUCAGAUAAGUUUAGAUAUUUUAAAUGAAUACAUUUUAGUAAUUUUAGUUAAUUCAUUUUAGCAAUUCAUUUUUUGAGUAAUUGUAGAUAUUUUUGGAUAAAGACAUUUCAUGUAUAAAUUUUACUUUAGAUGUUUGAUUAUUUCAAAACUAAAUAUAUCUAAUAUUUCUAGAUAUAUAAAUAUUUAUGAUUAUCACUUCAGUUUGAUAAUUCUCAUUUUAGUUAGAUUCUAUUAUUGUAGUUAAAAAUAUCCAAAUCUAAACCAGACUAUAUUCAUGGAGAGACAUAAAGAUGAGAUGAAGCUAAACUUAUCGCACUUCAAAACAACUUUUAUGGAAUUUUAUCAUUCAAAUAAGAUAUGAUCUCAGAAGCCAGAUCCGGAUAAAACAACCAGCAUAAAUAAGAUUUUGGUUUUGCAUUUCUAAUUAAUGAAUUAUCAAUUGCAUUAUGAGCUUGAGGUAUAUAUGAAAUUUUUAAAAAUAGAAAUUUUUUUGUAGUGUUGCUAUCUCGUUUAGUUAUAUUGAUAAGUUUGAUCAUACCUGAAGUUCCUCAAACAUGGAGAUCGAGUCCUUGUAAUCUAAUCCAAAAUUCUGGUGGUAAAAUGGCGUAACAUACUUUUCAUUUUCCAACCAAGUUCUUCUAGUUUCGAAUGCAGAGAAGACUCUUCGUCUUCUUUGGUUUUGUAUCCAUAAGUUGGAUUUGUUAAACAUGUUUUUUUAAACUCAUCCACAACCACUAUAUUGCAAUGUAGAAGUCCAAAAAAGCAUCCACCACCAAAUGUUCUAUAAAAAUUUAUAUCUGGUGGUUGUGGCUAUAAAGUUAGAGUUGCACUUGCCUCAAACCAAGUGGUUCUUUUGUAUCAACUACAACCCAAAUUGAAACAAAAGCCUAAAUGUCUACAAAACGUAAUUAAUAAAGAGUUUUAUAGGUUUCUCCAACAUUACAAGACAAUUUUAUUUCAUUUCUCUCACGAUCACUAGCUUCACUUUCUUAUCCUUUUCUUCACUUUCUCGGUAAAAAAAAUUUACCCUUUAAGAAUAUCAACUUCCUCGGUAAGAGUUCUUCAGACUCAUGUACAUGUAGCGACCUCCAACACGUUUGCUCAACUUGUACCAUGAAAACAUCUCGCCAUGGUUUGGAAUGUUGGAAGCAAAACCACAAUCACCAAGUCCAUAUCAUAAUGAAAAUGAAAGGGAGUCAAAACAAUAUAUUUAAACUCACUAAACAUGAAAAUAUCUAAAAGAAAAUUGUUUAUGUCAAUUAUACUACUAAAAUGAUUUGUUACAAACAUGGAAAGCAAGAAAUCUAAAUCAAUAGUGAUAUAAACAAAGGAAAUAAUCAUAUUCAAAGAAUGUAAUUAAAAAUAAUUUGUCACUAACAUGGAAAAAGUGAGAAAUUUAAGUCAAAAUAGAAUCAAAGAAAUAUUCAAGAAAUGUAAAUGAGAAUGGAAAGUAAGAAAUCUAAGUCCAUGUUUUUGGAUUUGAGUAUUCUGUUUUGAUUAGUUAACUACUUUGUUUCACGUUAUAUUCAAUGACUUUAAAUUUGGUGUUUUUAUGUAUUGUUGCUUCUCGUAAUAUAAAAUUUGAGUUUCACAUUUGGUUCAUGACUAUUUGGAUCAUUUAAUGAUUGGUGUGUCUAUCUUGUUUGGUCAUUUCAGGUUACCUAGAUUCAUAAAUCCAAAAUAUGUGGAAAUUUUGUGUAACUCAGAUGAUACGUUUGUUAGCUUAAGUGUCAAAGAACUAGGAUUUUAUGCAAGUCAUGGAGACCGGUUGCUUCAUACAAUACAACAAAGAAGGCACAAGUGUCAUGUGCUUCGAGUGGAAUCUGCUCUUCAAUAUAUAAAAAAUACGGUCAUAAAAAAACAAUGAAGAAAUAACGAGAGAUUUGAUUGCGUAGAAGGCAGCUCUGGUAAUAAAGGGGAUACCAUUAGGAUAGAGGACUAUACCUUUGUUGGUGGGGAUUUUAAAGCUGCUUUAAACAUACUUCAAAUGCAACCAAUAGGAGCAUUGUUACAUGUAUUUCAAGAAUAUUGGGAUAUCAAAAAAGUAAAGAGGCUUGAAAGAAAUUUUGUAUUUCAAAGAUUUUAUUGUUUUGUUUUAAAGUGUUUGUUUCAUCGUAGGGAGACAUCUAUCGCGGACCCACGAGCAACAAUACUAAGUACUGUGGUUUUCACGCAGUUUUUAUUGUGGAUGCAUUUAUGAUAAAUGAAGAUUUUAUUUUCUGGUGCGACUCUAGUAGUAGUAAACAUAUUCAUGAUGGAGUUUAUAUCAUGGUGUCUUUCAAUUAUGAGAAUGAGAGAAUCUAACCAACAUUUGGUAUUAAAGACCGAGAGCAAGGAAACAAAAUUGCACUUUAUGAACCAACACACCUCGUUAACAACUUUGUGUAUCCCAUGAUGAAGGCUAAGUCAAGGAAGAGAAAGAGAUCAAACGAUUGAUAAUAUUUCAUUCUAUUGUGUUGGAAUUUGGAUGAUAUUACGUGAUUUUCUCUGUUUGUUAUUUGAAUUCCAAAACUGUAAUUAUAUGAACUUUAGUAAAGUCUUUAGUUUCUCAGGUCUCUUAUUGACAUUGAGAGUUUAUGGAAAGAAAUUAUUGGUUAAGGAGUGAUUGGUUGACUUUAUUGAAUUUUUGUUUACACCAAUAUGAUAUUAUUUAUUUGUGGAGAUAGAUUAGAAUAUUAUCACAUGGUUUCAUCUUUAACAUCUGGAAAAGAGGUAUUAACGCAAUUUGUCAAUUUGGAUAUUUUCUGUAUGGAAUUCCACAAGGAUUGUGAUGAUUAAAUGAUCGCCUCUCUGGCUAAAAUGAAUUUAAUAAGAAUUAAAGUGACAACCUAAACAAAUUUAUGUAUCUGGUUAAGAUAUGUCAUUGUUGAGUACUACGAUUACUAGUGUAUCCACUCAAGAUUUUUAUAUCAUAAGCUAUAUUUGGCAUAGUGCUCAUCAUGACAUGCAUUGAGCAAUCAUCACUUGUAAAUAUUCGAGUUGUGUUAUUGCUUGUCAUGUAUAAGGCAAGCUUCACACUCACAUCCAUGGGAGUGCUCAUUGAAGAAUAAUCUCACAAUUAAACUUCUUAAGAACCUUCUAACAGUAAUAAAAUUGCAUCAAAUAUAGUUCUUUAUUUGCAUGUGUGAUUCAAACUUUAAGAAUCACAUUCACCGCCCACAUGUUUUUCAUUGCAAAAACUUGAUGACAAUAAUGUUUUUUUUUACAAUAAUGCUUUGUUAAUCUCUACCGUCUAAGGUCAGUGUCAAAAAUUAAUAUGUCAUCAACAUAUAAGCAAAUGAUUAUUUAUUUACCAGACUCAUCAAUUUUCUAUAUCUACACUUAUCCUAUUAGUUUAACUAAACCACAUGAUAAAAUAAUCUCAUCAAACAUUCGAUGUUACUUCUAAAGGGUUUUCUUUAGCCCAUACAAAUAAACAUAUACACUUUAUAUUUUUACAAGACACAACAAGACCUUUAGGUAGCUUCAUAUAAAAAAUUUUCUUAGCCAUCGAUCUAUAUCCAUGGAUCAUGGUCCAUAGCACCGUCCAUGAACAAUUUUUUCCAUUCAUUAAGGCUCAUGCUUGACUGCAAAGCACUUGCAUCCAUUUAGGAUCAACAUCCUUCAUGAUGCAAGUCACAAUAUUCUGGUGACAUUAUGUUUGCACCCUUUCAGUAACAUUACAUUUGCAAUCUUCGGGUAACAUUACGUUCACACUCUUUCGGUAACGUUAUAUUCAUACUUUUUCGGUGAUGAUAUGUACACACCCUUUUGGUGAUGGUAGAUUCGCACCGACAACACGUGCACAUAUCCUUGGUCAUGAUCCAUUCACACCUCUUCAGUCACGAGGCGUUUGCAUCCAUUCGGUCACAACACCUUCGCACCCUUUUGGUCACGAUCUGUUCAGACCUUUUCGGCCACGAUCUGUUCGCACCUCUUCGGCCAUGACCCAUUCAUACCUCUUUGGUAAUGAUCCAUUUGCAUUUUUCAUUCACGACACAUUCGCACUCUUUCGUUCAUGACACAUUCGCACCUUUUCGUUCACGACACGUUUGCAUCCCUUGGGUGACGACCCAUUCACAACUUUUGGGUGACGCCCGUUCGCACCCCUUGAGUGAUGAACCGUUCACAUCCCUUGGGUGAUGUCGUGUCGACCAUGAUUGGCAAUAUUAUUUAAAUGAAACUAACAUACCUUUGAGAAUAUAGCCAUAAUGGAUAAUCGUCUUUCUUUCAUUUAACUUUUUUCUUUGUUUCAUCUUCUUUACUAUCUUCGAAAGUUUACUCGUUCAAGCAUUUCCAACUUUUGAAACUUUGAUGUUAUUUCUCGCACAAAUACAUAAGUCAUAGUUCACAACAAAAUACUCUUUAAGAUUAUUGGUUAUUGGGUUGGUAAUCCAAAUGUGUGUGAAAUAUAAAUUUAGAUAAUGAUUGAAUCGCGCACAAUGACACUUUCUUUAAUGAGUAUUUUUAUCCUAUUUCAUGCAUUUGGUUACACGAAAUCCCUUAUUGGAUAAGACAAUCGAAGUCUCAUUUUUGUUUUAGGCUAAGAUACAAGAAUAACAAACAGGGUGUUUAUAUGUGUUUCUUCAUAUAAACACAUAUCUAACAAUUAGUUUCUGAUUUUUCUUGUUCAAGUUAUGAUUUACCAAUGCCCACAACUUCUUAUAUAAAGUACUAAAGGUUACAUUGAUUAGCACCAACAUUUACAAUGGUUAGCACCAACAGAUGCAACAGUUAACCAAGAAUUACAUAUAUUAACACCAAUAAUUAUAAUGAUUAACCAAUAAUCACAAUGGUUCAUUAUCAACUGCUUUAUUCACUAACAGUUAUAAUGAUUUAUCAUCAAAUAUUGUAACGGUAUAUCAAUAAUGGUUAUUAUCACAAACCGUUACAGUUGUUCAUUUAAACAGUAAGAAUGCUUUCCAUAAAUCUACAUUAUAAUGAGGCAAUUUGCUCACUUUGCUCACUCCUCAGUGCGCCACGUCAGUGUUUUGUGGGCUCCACUUUUAAAAACUAUGAAAGAAGUGUCAAGCUCAUGGCUCGAACCCGGGUUAUUGAGAUAUGAACACCAACAUUUAUACCACUAAACUAGAUGAUACUUUGUACAUUGAUGGCCGAAAAUAAUAUAUAUUUAUGAAGGUCGGAAACCCUUGCUUCUUCGGCUUCCUCUGAGGGCCGGGCCUACAAGUAUAUUAUAGAUUUUAUUUUCAAAUGGGAUUCGUCACAUUAUAUGAAAAAAAGCUUAAGUUUGCAACAAUUAUAGUUUUCUCAUAUUAUAAAUUGUCGUUGUUUAACAUGAGUUAGGGUUCUUUUCAUCAUUGUCUCAGACAAGUCUGGAUUACAGAGUUGUGCCGUGUGUUUGUUCGUAAUCUAUUUUUUCACCGGUGAACUCUUCAUCUCCCCAUCGUAAAUCGCUUGAUCAUAAAUGUUCAUGAUUUAUAGCCCUUCUGUAAACCCUAUAUAUAUGAUUCUCAUCUUUGAUGAACCCAAUCUUCAUCUCCACAAAACUCAUUGAUUCCUCUUAACUUUAACCAUUUUCUAGAAAAUGUCUCUCUCUGUCUCUCCAGUUCCUCAGACCGGCGUCUGUCACUCAACCUUCGAGUCCAUCUUGGUCGUAGUAGUCAGAGCAUAGCCUCUGGCCUCCUCCACUUCUAGGAUUUCCUGAACUUCAAGAAAGAUAGAGAGUUUAUGGGAAUCAUGGUUCUCUUCCUUGAUGAAAAGGUAAGUUAAUUUUUGAUCUAUCACACUUAUUUAACAUCAUUGUUUUAAAUUAAUUUCAUGAUUCUUUGUUGAAUAAUAUUAUUUGCAGAUUCUGUGAUUCAUGGGUUUAUUCACGCUGGACGUGCUAAGAAUUACAUGUUAUCUUUGAAAGCCGGUUCCAUUGUGAAAGUCGAUCGUUUUGAGGUUGCUAGGUGCUCAAGCAUGUACAAGAUAAUUGAUCAUCCAUUCGUCAUUCGUUUCAUCUCACACCAUUAUUGAUGAAAUCAUCACGGGUGCUCCUGAGAUCAAUCUCUAGUCAUGAUUAGACUGUUGGACAAUCUCCAAGUGACUGCGAACACAAACCUAGAACUCUCAGGUAUAUUAUCAUAUUGCAUUUGGGUUUAUAUUAUGUUUCGAUAUCAUAACUGAUAUUUAAAAUCGCAAAUGCAGUUGGGAAAAUCCGUUAUGUCCAGGGCUUUGACCUCACCAAAGAAACAACUCGAGUUGUUAUCCAUCUCCUCAUUGAUCCGUAAGAAACAAUCAACACACAAUUUUCUUAUAUUACUGUCUAUAUUGUGCUAACAUCAAUAAUAAAAAAUAUUUCCUACUCAAGAUAUGUAGUCGUCUAUUUAUUUCUCUUACUUAUCAAAUUAAUUUUACACCUUAAAAGAAACCACAACAACCUAAACAAUCAAAACACCAAAAACUAGAAUUCCAAAAAAGGCGAAUCAUUAAUGAUCACCUCUUUUUUUUUGUCUAAUCUUACAAAUAAACUUCAAAACAAAUAUACCAAACCAAUCACCUCAACUAAAACUCAACGACACAUACAUCGAGUCAGCUGAACAAAUACAAACUACACGGCCAACUAUUUAACAAUUUACAAACUUACUUUCACAGAUGCUUACGAAGAAAACGAAGAUGACAACCAAGAUCAGUGAAUUACCUAAAGAAAAAAACAGAGUAAGUUACGAACUCUGAUAAAUACAAAUAACAAUAAUUUUUGCUUACAUAUUACCCAUCAAAGAAAAGAGAAACAAACACAAUCACACUAGGAGAUACAAGAGACAAUCCUGACAGACACAAAGGCGGCAACAAGAUCUCCACCUGCUCACUCCUCUUGUCUUAUGAAAAUAGCUUACAUGUCCAACAUCAACAGGCCAAUGCUCUUAUCUUCUUAUGAGAAAUACAUAUAUUCGUUUAAAACCAUUAAAGCCCAAAUACUCAGAAUUAUCACUCAUUUUAUAGUUAUUUCUACAAGUCUUCAUGUAUUUAUUUUAAAAGUCCGGUAAAAGCAAUAAGUUUAGAAAUAAAAAAAAACAUAUAACAAACAUAAUAAGGAUAAUAAAAGUUAUUACUUAAUACACACAACUUACACAACUAAACUGGAAAAAAAAUAUCCAGAAACAAAAGGUACUCAGUGACACAGCAAGCAACACCACAAACUAUAUCAAUCACAUUACUAACACAGUUUAUGUAACAUCCUGAGUUGUGAUAUAUGAGAAAAGGCUUAAGAGAAUUGAUUUGGCUAGCUAUGUCACCAAAGUUGACUUACCUUUUCCGUCACACAUCUCUUUAGAACUCCAGAGUUAAGCGUGCUUGGGCUGGAGUAGUGAAAGGAUGGGUGACCUAUCGCGAAGUGAUUCGCGAUACCGUGUGAGAGAGGCCAAAACACGAGGAAAGAUCAUGUGGUGAUUGCAAGGUCAGUAAACAAUGAUUUCAAGCCUUUGAAAAAACUAACAGACCGACCAUUUGAACAUGAUGGGGCCCAAGGGCCAAGUGAGCGGGUGUGGAUGGCCCAUUAGCCGUGGGCGGUCGGGACGUUACAAGUGGUAUCAGAGCUGGUUAGCCAUUUCAGUUCUGUUUUGGAAGGCGUCUUGAAACCUGUCGUGGGACGCAACGAGGACGUUGUGUUCUUUGAGAGGGGGUGAAUUGUAACAUCCUGAGUUGUGAUAUAUGGGAAAAGACUUAAGAGAAUUGAUUUGGCUAUCUAUGUCACCAAAGUUGACUUACCUUUUAUGUCACACAUCCGUUUAGAACUCCAGAGUUAAGCGUGCUUGGACUGGAGUAGUGAAAGGAUGAGUGACCUAUCGAGAAGUGAUUCGCGAUAUCGUAUGAGUGAGGCCAAAACAAGGGCAAAUGUCAUAUGGUGAUUUCGAGCCUUUGAAAAAAUUAACGGACCGACCGUUAGAACGGAAUAUGCCCACAGGCCGAGAGAUCGGGCGUAAGUGGGCCAUUAGCUAUGAGUGGUCAAAGCGUUACAGUUUAGUCCUUCAUAAGUGGAGAACAAUGCAUACAGUUCAUCAUCAUAACUCUAACUAUAUAACAAUAAAAAAUUUAAAAAAUAAUAAUUAAUCUAAAACGCAAAAUUAAUAAUUAUAAUGACCGUAGCAAAUAUUAAAAUGAAACAAGAAUUAAAAUGAUUCACUUAAAUAGUCAAUAUCCAUUAAUGUUCAUAUGGAUCGUAACUAGUGAGCUUAUUGGUGCUUCAGAUUUCUCAUGAAUAAAAUAAUAUUCAAACAAGAAAAUCAUUUGGAUUAAAGAUUAAUAGAUCUGAUCUUUAUCUUAUUUGCGGAAGAAAGCAACCAACAUGUGUAACAUAAUUGGUCAACUAUAUAUUGUUUUAUUUUCUUAAGCAUUGUUAGUGUAUAGGGUGGUCAUUAACUAUGUCAUCUCUAGUUCACGCCAGUAAUCAUCGUGUUGAAAAGUGAAAACAAAGAAGUCCCACAAAAAUUAAAUAUACAAAAACUAGUAAGAGUAUCAAAAUUAGGAGAAUUUCACAUGGAGUGUGAAAAUCGUUUCGGUGGCCGGGGCGCUCGACACCGGUCGCCACCUCUGUUCUUAACUUUUUGUUUUUUGUUGUUUUUGUAUCAUAUUAUCGAUCCUUGAAUCGAAAUAAACUUCCGGUAACGGAUUGACUUUUCGCAAGGCGACUUUUGUAGUGUUUUUUUAAGUUUUAAGUCUUUGUUUCUCCUCCUCUGUUCUUCAUCUAUGAGUUCUGAGAAAUCAGAAAUCAUUUAUCUUCUAUGAAUCAAAAAGUCUAUCUCU